GAAUCCCAGACCACCUAAAUGACGAAACUGCCCCUACUUCUGUCCUCCCCCGCCACGGUUGGCUCAGGUUAAGAACCCGCAGCCCCAAACCCGAGCUCGUGUGAGCCUCCGCCGCUCUCCAAGCUCGGAAAUUUAUGGACUAGAGAUCGAUCAUUGGGCAGUCUCGGCCGUUGGAUCGGUAGAGUGGUGGGGAUAAGGAUGUCUUCGUCGGCGGCGGUCAAGGGGACAGGUAGCCGCGGCGGCGGCGGCGGGAAGGGGAAGGGGGUGGCGUCGCCGGAGGGGUUGAAGAAGGUGGAUCGAUCAGGGAAGGUGGUCUCUGUCUCCAAGCAGAAAUCUGUGACUGUGGCCUCCAAACCGGAGGUGAAAGAAAAGUCAUCGUCAACUUCUGCCAAAAGUGUUACCAAAACUACGACUGCCAAAGUGAAGGCCGAGAAGAAGGUCUAUUCUUUGCCUGGCCAGAAGCAUGACCCUCCUGAAGAGAGAGAGCCCUUGCGGAUAUUCUAUGAAUCCUUAUCAAAGCAGAUUCCAUCAAGUGAAAUGGCAGAGGUCUGCAGGCUGUGGUUUCUGCAUUGGCACCAGGUCUGACUCCCUAGUGAUAUAGAAGUUGCAUUGCAAAGGCAAGAUUUGGAGUGGAAGUCAUCAGUUCACACAUUCCUUUAUGUUUUUUAAUCAUCUUUUGCAACUAUUGCGCAUAAUUGAAGGCAAAGUUGACUGACUCAAAGAUAUUUGCCAAAGGGAUUUUUGAUCAUUUUUUACUGAACAAAAGCACAAGCCACAACUUCCGCUAGUUUGUUAUCUUAUGCAUGUAAAAUCUUAAACUCAGUUGGAAGAAUUGUUCUAAUUGUUCGUUCACCUUAUUAAAGCGGAAGAAGACUUAGUCUUGGCAAAGGGCACAAACAAUUAUUCAAUUAGAACGCAUUUCAAUGUCUAUUCAGUAAAUUUCUCCCUCAUCCCUCCCUUCUCAUUGUCAAGCUUGUUUAUCUUUUCCAGGCUCUAGAAUAUUGUUCCUUUAACAUGUUCAUUGUUCUGAUAAAAUAGAUCUUAUUGCCUUUUUUGGAUUUGAAUUGUUUCAAUUAGUUAUGCUUUAGUAGUUUCUCUGGUGCUUUGUCCAUAACUUGUGCAGUUUCGGCUCUUCGUUUAUUUUAUUCAUAUGUCAACAUUAUUGCUUUUUGUUCCACCAUAUUUUCACAAGAGCCUUCUCCACAACCAACAAAAUGAAGAUAUCAUAUGGGAUCUGAAUUUUCAAAAAAAAUAGGCAUUCAGUUUCACUUUUAUAAGAAUACUUAUUCUUUAAUCACAGAGCUUUCUACCAUUGACUCUCAAAGGACUAAAUAGAGAAACAUGGUGUUAGGCUACCAAGAAAGUGUUCUAUCCUCACAACAGAAGAGACCUUGUUUUCUCCAAUCUUCUUCUCUCCAAUUUAAUUAUAGAUGCCUUAAAAUACGAAUUACACCCUUUAAUUCCUCUAAAAGAGCGAUCUCUCCUUCCAAUCUGGAAUUUAAACUAGGAAUAGUUAAUAGAUAACUAUCCCAUGAUUUCCCUUAAGUAAACUACAAUUAAGGCACAGUUUUUAUAAGCUACAACAUGCAAUCUUACUUAGACACCAGCAUGCAGCUUCUAGUAUUUCCCUAAAUAAUCUGAAUUGGAUCCACAUCAAACACUUAAAUACUUAUAAUUUUUUAUGUAUAAAUUUAAAAAAAUUACGAGAGUUGGACUCCUCUAAUCAUGAGUUCAACCCACUAUAAUAAUACUAAAAGUAACCUUUUGUUCCUUUUCAAAAUUGGUCAAAAAUGUAUAUAUUGACGUAACUUUGAAAAAUAUCAACUUUUCAAAAACUUUUAAUCUAGUUGUGAUGUUUGGAUGUGUUAGUAUUUUCUUUUAUAAAAUAUUGAAAUAUAUGUUUUAAAUUUUGUAAACAUAUAUAACAUCUUCUAUUUUUCCCUCUUGUCGAUCGAAUCCGUCACUUAAACAGUCCAAACCGAAAUCCUAUUUCCAUGUCCAUGCAAAAACAUUGAUAGCAUUGGAUCACCAGUUGACAUGGUGUGUGCCGUGGCAUGGGUCCUGGUUGACACAAGGCAAAGGUUAGCACACACCUAACAUGGUAUGGUACAACCAACACGGGCCAAUUUGACACAACAGGUGUUGCUUUACAUGGCAUGCACUUCAAUCCCUUAAUUAAACUUUAGCAAGUGUUUAAACCAACCUCCCAUUCCAAAUGCAAGUGUGCAAUAGAGAAAAAAACUGUAAAAACAUAAAAAAACUCUUAAAUACAUGGAUUGACUAUAUGCACCCAUGGAUCAUAUCAUUUUUAUUCAUUUUUGAUAUGAGGUUUACAAUACCAUGGUAUGGGGCCAUAUUGGUGAUAUAUCGAGUGUGUUCCUAUAUUGAUUCACGGUUCAUCCAAUAUGCCUCGAUACCAAGAUUGGUGGUAUCGAUACCAUGAUCCAUACUAGCCAGGUACUGGGUCGCUAUGAUACCAAUGCAAUGCCAUACAGAUGCAUGGUAGACUGAGCCAUCUUGGUUAGAUACCUGCAUCUCCUGAACUUUCUUGCUCAACCACCCCUCCUUUUUCUCUUUGAAGCCAAUGCUAGUAUUUGAAAAUUGUGAAGUUUUUUGCAAUUUGAACACAAUGAAUUAAAUUUUCAAAACACUUGUCCACGUUUAUUAGUUUGAUUGGUUACUCCAUGUGAUUAAAUUCGGCUUCAGAUGAUGAUAUUUGGAGUGCUUUCUUCCUACCUCUUUAGUAUCUCACAGAUUUUGCCCUUCCAAC